AUGGGAGGAGGCUAUCGAGAGAACUACACGCAGGAGGCGGGGUCCACAGCAAGAGAGUCUACAAGACUGGCAGUGGCGAAGAAGAUUGUAGCGGCAGCAUGAAGCGGACUCCGACCGCCGAGGAACGGGCACGCGAAGCUAAGAAACUGAAGCUUCUUGAAGAGCUUGAAGACACGUGGCUUCCUUAUCUGACCCCCAAAGAUGACGAAUUCUAUCAGCAGUGGCAGCUGAAGUACCCGAAGCUCGUCCUCCGCGAGGCCGGCAGCGUCCCUGAGGAGCUCCACAAGGACGUCCAGGAAGCCUUCGUCGCCCUGCACAAGCACGGCUGCCUGUUUCGGGACCUGGUUAGGAUCCAAGGCAAAGACCUGCUCACUCCGGUCUCGCGCAUCCUCAUCGGUAACCCCGGCUGCACCUACAAGUACCUCAACACCAGGCUCUUCUCGGUCCCCUGGCCGGUGAAGGGCUCCACUGCAAACUACCACGAGGCGGAGGUCGCUGCGGCUUGCCAGACCUUCCUCAGGCUCAACGAGUACCUGCGGGUCGAGACCAUCCAGGCUUGGGAGGAGCUGGUUGCCAAGGACAGAGCGAACAUCGAUGUCGUGCCAGUGUGCAUAGGUCCGGACUUCCCUCGGGUUGGCCUGGGGUCUUUCGACGGGCAAGAUGAAGUGGACAUUAAGAACAGGUCUGCAUACAACGUGACUUUGCUGAAUUUCAUGGACCCCCAGAAGAUGCCCUACCUGAAAGAGGAACCUUACUUCGGCAUGGGGAAGAUGGCGGUGAGCUGGCACCACGACGAGAACCUGGUGGACAGGUCGGCGGUGGCGGUGUACAGUUACAGCUGUGAAGGCCCCGAGGAGGAAGGUGAGGAUGAUCCUCAGCUCGAAGGCAGAGACCCUGAUAUUUGGCACGUUGGCUUCAAGAUCUCCUGGGACAUAGAGACGCCUGGCUUGGCCAUACCGCUUCACCAAGGAGACUGCUACUUUAUGCUGGAUGAUCUCAAUGCCACCCACCAGCACUGUGUUUUGGCUGGUUUACCACCUCGGUUUAGUUCCACCCACCGAGUGGCAGAGUGCUCGACGGGGACCUUGGAUUAUAUCCUACAGCGCUGCCAGUUGGCUCUGCAGAAUGUCCGUGAGGGGGCAGACAGUGGGGAGGUGUCUUUGAAGUCCUUGGAGCCUGCUGUUUUGAAACAAGGAGAAGAAAUCCACAAUGAGGUUGAGUUCGAGUGGCUGAGACAGUUUUGGUUUCAAGGCAAUCGCUACAGCAAGUGCACGGACUGGUGGUGUCAGCCCAUGGCCCAGCUGGAGGAAAUGUGGAGGAAGCUGGAAGGCGUGACAAAUGCGGUGAUUCGUGAAGUUCGAAGAGAGGGCGUCCCCGUGGGACAGAGGAUCGAAGCGCUGACCGCCAUCCUGGGCUCGCUCAGCACGCGCCAGAGCCUGCGGAGGGAGUGGCAGGCCAGGUGCCAGUCCCGAAUGGCUCGGACUCUGCCCGCGGACCAGAAGCCCGAGUGCCGGCCGUACUGGGAGAAGGACGACCCCUCGAUGCCCCUGCCGUUCGACCUCACAGACGUCAUCUCAGAGCUCAGAGGUCUGCUUCUGGAAGCCAAGCCCGAGAAGGAGCACAAGUCUUAGGUGGAGGACGAGGAAGAUGUUUGGGCUUCUCUCCUUCAUCCCCGUCCGGGGCUUGGGCGAGGGCCGUGCAGGAGGGUCCACCUUUCGAUCGUAGAGCCGGGUGCCAGUUAGAAACAGCUAGGGAAGGCAGCGCCUGAGUAUUACUACGGCGAUGUUUGAAAAUGACAGUGUUGUAAUCUGACCUGGUAUUAAACACGACUUCCCCCUCCCCCCAUUUAUUCCCCAUUUGGAUUUUUAACGUGCACCAUUCAGCUCCCGAGGCCAAGGUCGGUGAUGGGGUGAACCUAGCCUGUGACAAAGCCUAACCGACUUUCUCCCUUUACUCAAGAGCAGAUGACUCUAAAGUCGUCUGGAGAACACAGAACUGAUAGAGCCGCCCCAGUUUCUCACCAUGACGCUUACAGGCAACCCACGCGAUGCGGCAGCUGCUGACCGCGUGUGGCUUCUUACAUUCGAGUUCAACUUUAAUGGUAAUCAAAAGUUCAGCUCCUCGCGGGCACUGGGCGCAUUUCCGGUGCUGGGCAGCCACGUGGGCGGCUACGGGCUCCCGCACUGGACAGCGCAGGUACCGAACAUUUCGGUCGCCACAGGAAGUCCUCGCGGGCCAUACCGCUCCACGGAGCUCGGGAGCAGGACAUUCUCUGCCCCAGUUCCCUGUAGCUGCUGCCCUCACAGGCAAAGGAAAUUGAAAAGACAGCCGCCUCCUUGCAGAGCGGCCUCCUUCCCUUCUCCGAGAAAGACCAAGUGAAAGCCCGAGUCAGGCCUUCUGUGCCGCGCUCACCGGAAUGCAGACGUGUUGAAAAUUAAAAUAAAGCGGGCACCCUCCCUUGAGGAGGGUGCCCUGAUCUAAUGAAAGAGACGUGGCCCCAUUUACACUGCUUCCCAGAUUUAGCCAGCGUAGCAUUUUCUCUCUCUAGUUCCCCCCUUUGCGUAUAGUGACAGGGGGGACUGAGGUUUGAAGACCCCUGGUGGCCCUCCAGGUGACGCUGGAGCAUUAGAGAGACAGCGUAGAACAGAGGUUGAAAGCUGGGUCCCGGCCAAAACUCCCAUUAGCUUUGUGACCUUCGGCACGGCACUGUGCCUCAGUUUCCCUCAUCUGUAUCAUGGGCCUACUGAAGGCACCGACUCACGAGGUCAAGACUUAACAAAACUGUCUAGCUAUAGACAUACAUGAACAAAUUCUGACGUGUAGUUAAAUAUCCAAUAAAUACUAGAAUAAUUAAUUACCUACCAGGACGCUGGCCUGAUGGAGACGUGUUCCCCUCCCUUCCUCAGUCCUCGCACCGUUUUUAUCUUGUGAUGCCGGGACAUGUCUCCGUCCCUUUGGUGACCCCUAGAAACCAUGAGAACAGUGUGCCGCUCUCCCAGCCUGUCGCCUUCUCUCGUAACCGUUUGCUGUAGCUGGAAGGCCAAGAGCAUUUUUGCCCCUUAAGGUACAUUGAGGACCACGCUCUCUCCUGCCACCAGAAUCUCGCUGGUUCAAGGCUUGCGUUCACUCCACAAGGGAAGUCACAUCCACAGAGAGGUCACGGCAUGCAAAGCAGCCGGGCCUCAUCACCUUGAGACUGGGCAUGUCCUCGAGCCUCGAUGUCCUCGUCAGUAGAGGGGAUGAAGCCCGGCCGCUCAGCAUUCGCCAGUUAAAUGGCAUCGUGUAGUGUAGGUAAAGGGUGCCUGGCACAGAGAUGUCACAGACCGGGCACUCUGGGGCCAUCUGGCCUAGUGUUUUAUGUGGUUCCCACUAUGUUUGCUUUUCAUUACAUUUCACAAGGGCCAAUAGGUGAAAAAUUGGGGGAUUUCAUAUGAAAUAAAAAUAUGUGCCGCCUCUUUAGAAUUCAGGAGACCUGGCAGCCCCAGGCAUGGCGAAGAGCUAGGUGUCUUCUCACUCUUAGGUAGGGUGUGACCGCUCCGUGGCCCCAUGGCUCCUGGGUGUCACUUAUUGUAGACCUGGCCCGCCCCUCCCCUUCCUGUCUGUACUCUCCACGCCUUGCUUGUACCCCCGUAGUAGAAAUAAAUGAUACUGUGUAGUGCU